CAUAUUGGCGACUUGACUGGCAGGUCUCCAUCAACGGCACCGAUGUUGAUCCUUCUAAAAUGCCACCCCUCAAUACUACAAGAAUUUCAUCUUAUGUAGACAUUACUGGACCACAUGGAAAAUAUGUGAUACACCAUGGAAUGACCCAUGGAAAGCAAUAUAUCUCAUGGUCUUACUAUAGUUGGUUGUUUACCAUGGAAUGGAUUCCAAGGUCACAGUAUGAAACGUUCAGGCUCCAUCUUGUGCGUUUCUACCAGAAACUUUAUCCAGGUACUCAAAUCGAGGUGGGUGUUCUCACACAAAGAAGGUUUUGGUCACAUUCUGGAUAUGAAAUUUGGGGAUUACCAUAUUACGUAAAAGUUGACGGUAGACUGAUCUACCCUAGAUUGUUGAAGCUCAUAGACUGGACCGAGUUUGUGAAGACAAUUGGCGUUCAUACAGUCAGUAAUAAGACCUACACAGCCAUUUUAGAUAAACAUGUGACAGAUACGAGUCUUCUGCUAUCACUGUAUCUACAACACAAGGUAUCGACAACACAUUAUCAUGAAAUAGAACUGGCCCUGGAACAUGCGUGGAUUAAACAAAACCCUGAAUACAAAUCAUCAAAUGUAGAGGUGCAUAUAGAGGGUCAAGAAGAAACAGUUGAUUAUUAUGGACGAACAGCUUGGCGUUUCUUGUAUUCACUGAAGGUUAACGGCACUGUAUUAGACAAACAGAGCGUAGCUUCCAUCAACAAGACAAUAUUGGCCACAGAACUUAACUCGGAUAUGUCAUCAAGAUCUAAUAUUCAGUUGAGUCACCUCCAGUCUACAGACCUAUUUUCAACAAAGCAACUUCUCUCUCUCUAUCUGGAUGCCUACAUAUCGCUAGAGGACGUAGACAAAAUCGAGGCAUCGUUGUCCGCUCAGUGGUCGUUAGAGUUGAACCAGUCCGUUAAAAUUCAUAUUGUGAGACAGAAAGAAUAUACCAGUCUGUCCGGCACAAAUGCCUGGAGAAUGCAGUAUUUACUUGAAAUUAAUGGUUCGAGAAUUCCUGCUGAACAAAUUAAGAAUGUUGACACAGGUACUCUAGCUAGGGCUGUGUCCAAUGUAAAGGGCGAUUCUGGGCGGAGCUAUGCUGUAUUAAGAUCCGCCUCUACUUAUUAUAACUAUGAGAAACAUUAUUCUUUGUUGGUUGACAAAAAGGUUACAGAUUCUGCAAGGAAAUUGUUUGAACAGAGACUAUUGGUGGCAUGGCAAAAAUCGAGACCAGAAUGGAGGAACACUCAAGUUCAUUUAGUGCAACAGGAAGAGUUGAUUGACCUACAUGGGAAAUCAUCUUGGGAGCUUACCUACUUUGUAUCCCAUGGUAACAUGUCAGAAACCGUUGACUCACGUGAAGUAAUGAGUGUAACGUCUGCUGCAGUAGGAUCUGUCGACAGUCCAAACGGCGCGUACAGGAUAACCAUUCCUAGCCAGUUAAAUGAGUACAGACGGUACGAGAGAUACGGUUUCUCUGUCUAUCUUGACCAAAAACUUGACCGAGGGGCGCAGAAAAGUGCUGAGAUCGUGCUGGCUAAUGAGAUCAAGAGAACGCACCAAAAUGCUGUCAUAGAUGUUAAAUUUGGAAGAUUUGAGGAAUAUUUAGAUUUGAAUGGUCACAGGGUCUGGAAAACUGUUUACUUUGUUAAUAAUCAUGACAAGCCAGUACCAGUCAAUGGUAUGAAAUCUCUGGACCAGUCUAGCCUGAACAGUAAACUCACCUUCACUGGUUUCCGUGGUGAGAAAUUUACUACAGUGAAUAUAUCAGGUCGUACAUUGAUUCACUACAGGGACAGCUUCCAUGUUCACAUGACAAACAAAUUAUCACCAGCGUAUUUUACAGCCGCGGAGAAUUAUCUGCUGGCCGCCUGGAAACAUACAUCUGCUGAAUAUAAUUCAUGCAACUGCAUCUCUGUCAAGGUGACUGGACAAGAGGAGGUGGUUGACAUGGAGGGACACACGUAUUGGCAGCUGAACUAUUUCUUGUUAAAGAAUGGUAAAGCUGUUCAGAGGAUGACCUCUAAAGCCUUAGACUUGGCAUACUUAAAAAGGUCACUGAAUACAGUCAAUGUUACAGACAUCGUAGAAAACGUGAAACAGACGUCCAGACUGAGACUAGCGUUUUCAUUCUACAUGAACCAGAAUUUAAACGUAAGAGUGGACUCAGUCAAUAAGAUUUCACAACAGUUUGUGCAUGCCCUGGAAAUGACCUGGCAGACAAUAACUACAGGUUUACCAUGGAAAAUAAAACCUACAGUGAAAAUCAGUAGAAGUGCAGAGUUUAUGGACCUUACCAAAGAGGAGACUUUAUGGAGAAUUUACUACUUCAUGUGGGAAGACUGUCUCCCGUCAUGUGAUUCCGUCGACCCGGACACACUACCAGAAGUUAAGGCAUCAGAAAUUCAGAAAUUCAUCAGCUUUAAAUCACCAAUUGAUACCAGUUACAUCGUCAGUGAUGUGCCCGCUGUUGUUGAUUACCGUUUCCAUUUUAGUGUGGAUAUUUCACGAGAAAUGAGGGACGUGGAUAAAUCCAAAUUUUCAGAGGUCGUACGUUCUGUAUGGAAUGCUUCAUCUUCUGAAUCCAAAAAUGGUAAAAUCAAAGUUUAUAUUCCAAAACAGGAAGAAUUUGUAACCAUGGAUUAUAUGAGUAAAUUACAGGGAUUCACAUACUGGAGACUUGUUGUAUUCAUUGAACAAGGAGGACAAGUUGUGGACCGUCAGAUAUCGUCUCCGCUCAACCGUGACGAGCUCACUCGCCUAGUUACGUUCUCAUCGGCAAACAACAAUAAAUACAGUGUGGUGAAAACCAGCACUUUGAAGACGGUGAAAAGAAAUUCUCUGUUCUCAUUCUACACAAGCAAACAAAUAAAAUAUGAUGAUGUCACACUUGUGCAGUCACAGCUCAAACAGACCUGGACAACCCUCGCAUUCAAAGAUGUUGGCGUUGAUGCUCAAAUUGUUUCCCAGGAUAACUUCAUACAUAAACAAAGUGGACUGGUUGCUAGGGUUACAUACAGAUUAACCUUUAAAGGAGAUGUGUUGACCCCAGGUGACCUUCAACCCUUAAAUACAACAGUUCUCCAGAGCGCUCUGAAGUCAAGGUCAUUAAAUGAAGAAUAUACAGUCUUAGAUAAAUCACAAGUUACAAAUGUUGUGAAGUACAACCAGAUGUUCACCAUCAAAAUGAAGAGAGCUUUACUAGAAACUGACAGAGCCCAGUUCAAACUGCAAUUAAAACAAGCAUGGAUUGCAUACAGAAGUGAUUCUACCAUUGAUGUGGAACUUCAGCUUCAAGAGGAUUUUACAGAGACCAGCACAGAACAACCCAUAUGGAUGAUAGCAUAUUCUGUGAAGAGCGGAAAGAAAAUGUUGGACAUACAAAUUGAUGAGGACAUCCCUGUUUCCCAGCUUAAUUCACACAUAGACAUGAAAGUGCAUGGAACCAGUCAAAAAUACUCUGAAUCAUUCUACUCUGUAAAUGCAGAUAAACUUGUCAGAAAUUCUGAUUUAUUUAUGAUAUACACUGUACAUCGUAUUGGUGAAGUAAACAGAGCUAAGUUUUCCAGCGCUCUGCGACAAACCUGGAACGCUAAAUAUGGCAGCAACAAAGUAAUCAGUGUUGAUAUUGUAACUGAGGAUGAGGUAGUUGAUAUGAAGAGCAGCGUAGCAUUCUGGCGACAUUCGUACAAAGUUAUAACAGACUCACAGUCACCAGAAUCCACAGCUCGAAAUACACGUUCACUGCCGAUAAACGACCUCACCAAGAUAAAAGUAACAAAUGUACAUAACGAAGUAUAUGCAAUUCUGCCAUGGAAUGGAAUUGAUGGUUUUAUACCAAUACCAAAAUCUAAGACUUUUGGAAUAGUUCUGUCACAAAGCAUAUUUGACGAGGAUAGUGACCGUGUCCAAGAUGUGGUCGUAAAUGCUGUUGCUGCAAAUUUGAAUGGCAUAGAUGCAAAGGAAUUGGCGAUAAUUGAUGGACCUUCAACAAAAGUGAUUUCAUCUCAGAGCCAAGUGGGAUGGGCGGUGACAUAUGUGUUACAUUACAAGGGAAUGCCACUCGAUGCAAGAUUUCAGCCACAACUUGACGUUUCCAAGGUACAAAGUGCUAUAAACUUCACGUCGCCAAUACACACAUCGUAUAGAGUACUUUCCACCUCCUACAAUGGAGAGUUUAAGAAUUACAGGAAGUCAUCUGACCAGUUUACGCUCAAUCUGGCUGGACUGGUUCCCACUUACGUAACAUCAAAACUAGUACCAGUCUUGCAAUCAUCAUGGGAGAGACAGUUGACAGGGAAAAAGGUCAGCAUUCAAAAUUUACGAAGGGAGGAAUACAUUGGUACCAAUGGAAUGACUGUAACAAAGAUGUUCUAUUUUGUUGACUCUGACCGCAAAGCUGUUUAUCCAUCAUUGACCUUGACCCCUGACCCUAACAGUGUAGUAUCCACGGCAACAACAUCAAUUGGGUCAACUGUACAGUUGUAUACAGGGACGAACUUGGACAGUGUGGAUUCUUGCUACAAACUGUUCCUAUACAGUGGAAAUCAAGAAGUCAAUAAGGAAAUGAUACAAGAGUCUCUAAUAGAAGCAUGGAAUGUCACCAAAAAAUUUUUGUCAGCAGAGGUUAAAAUAUUGAAAACAGAAAACUACAUUGGUUCCUUUGGAUCUCAGCUGACUGGUUACUUAUACACAAUAUCAUACUUAAAAAAUGAUAGAAAAUCCUUUGUAAAAGCGGAACCAGAAUAUAUGUUGGAAGCAGACUCAAGUCAUAUAAGAAAUGCACUUACUGGUGCCCGGCUGUAUAGUGACAAAGUUAAACUGCGUCAAGCAGAUUUACACCAGGUGCAUGUGUCUGGAACGCUUAGUAGGUCAAAGGUUUUGAAGCUUGAAACUACUCUUCAGAAGCUGUGGAACACUUCAGUAUUUGAGGCACAAAAGGUGGUGAAGAAUGUAUCAGUUACUGUUGUAGGGGUUGAGGAUACUGUUGACAUGGCAACAAGUCAAGUUAUUCCAAAAGUGUCUUAUACACUCAAAGUAGCAGACGCAACUGUUGCAUCAUGGGAAACACAUCCUUUAUCAAGUGAUAAUGUCGAAAACGCAGUGACAGAGGACUUUGGCUCGGAUUUGGAGUUAUGGACAAACCUAACAAAUACACUAAAGGAGCUGUACUUGGAAGGAAAUGCCAGAAUAAACUAUGGCAAGAAAGUGGACAUUGUGAAUGCAGUUGUGAAGGCUUAUUCAAGUGCUAAUAAUGUGAGUGGUGACAAAGUAGAUCUUAAACUGGUUGAAGAACAGGACCUCUCAACAGCAGACUAUGUUACUGAUGAUAACUGGUCUCCUGUCUCAGUUUUCAAAUAUGGUAUAUCUGUUAACAAUAUGAAAGCAGACGACAUUUCACCUCCUUCUAGUGAAGAGUUAACAGGUGCAUUAACUCCCUUGAAUCUAAAAACCACUGGUGUUGCUAGGAAACUAAGAAAGAUGUAUCUGGUUGGGGCUAAAGCAAGUCUGAAUUAUACAGCAGUAGCAUCAUCUCUGUCAGCAUCGUGGGCACAAGCUAAUACAGAUCUUAGCAAAGCUUUUGUUGGUGUUCAUGUACAGAAGUCAUCUACUAGACAUACAAGAGACACUGCACUCAGUUCUGAAUACAUGCUGGUUGGCAAAAAUGGUGAAGAAAUCACUCCUGUGAAGUUCACAGUUUCUGUGAAUGGUGAGGAACCUAACAAUGCUAUUGUGUCCCCGCCCGAGGAUCCUGUUCUAAAUCAGAACCUUAAACAAGCCAAGACAUCAACGUGCGGAUGCAAGCCACGUGCACAAGGUCAUGUGACAUUAGUAGGAAAAACAGCAGAUACUGAACACGCGAUGAUUCUCAAAGCUGUAAAAAAAGCCGUGGAUAAAGAAAAUUCAGGUGUUCCAUCUGAUCAUUUAUCUGUAGAGAUCAUUAAAGUUGAUGAUUCACAAGAUAAUGGAAAUGAUAUAUCAACAGUGACAUAUAGAGUGGAUUGUAUAAAUAACGCUUGUGACGUGGAAUUAUUGAAAGCUCCCAGCAGGGCUGUGCUGGAAGAAUCACUCGGACAAGUCGGGAAAACUUUAUACUCAAAAGCAGAACCUACAGAAAAAGAGGAGAAUAAAUGGUUGAUACCAGUGGCUAUAGCGUGUGGAGUUGUACUAUUUGUCAUCAUAGUUAGUGUUAUAUGCUGUAUCAUGUACAGAAGAAGAAAACAGGAUAAAUGGAGGGUGGAAAGGUCUGCACAUGCACAGAAAGAAGGGGGAUUUCAAGCAACAGGAAGUGCAAGUGAAUGAACAUAACAACUUUGAUAAAGAGCAUUUCAGCGAUCCAGCAGUUUUUGAAAAUCCUGCAUACCAAGUUGAAUACAAGGAACGUAUGUAAUACUCGAUUAUGACAUCAUCAUUGUACAGUGUGUGACAUCACGUUAUUUAUGGCAAUGAGCCAAAUUUCUGACAGGAAGUUGAUGCUGGAAAAUGAUGAAAUUGUACAGAUUCACCCUCAGGAAUUUGCAGCAAUUACUAAAUAAACAGUGCUCACUGGUUAUAAGCCUAUGUACAUAUCUGACUUUUGUCAAGGUCUUUCUUCUAUUACAAAAGGGUACAAAAAAAAUACAAUAGCAAGUGUUAGCAAUAUAUUUUAUAUUUUAAUUUUAUAUUUCUUUUGACAUUUUAGAUUUUGGCAGGACAAGUGUAUUUUUUACUUAUUUACCAAGUUUUUUUUCUCUGCAGUGAAAAACAUACAGGUAAAAUGUAACGUACCUGUAUUUUUCUAAUACAGUUUAUCUUUUUUCUGGUACAAAAUAAUUGUUUAUUUUGUUACAUAUACAUUAAAAGAAAUUAUUGUUGAUAUGUAAAUAUAGUAUGAAGACUGCAGAUCUGAACAUUUCAGUGAAAUGGGUAAUUUAACUGUUAACGUCAUAUAUAUUUACAUGUAUAUUUGUUAUUGUAUAUUAUUAUUAUAUAACUUUUUUAUAUACAUGUAUAUUAAGUUUUAAUGGGAAUUAUUUAUAUAUUUGACAAAUACAAAGAAAUAAAGAUUGAAAAGUAUGACACUUUUCUGUUAUCACAAAAAAGAAGAAGAUAAAAUCAAGUAUAAUUGUAAAUUACUUACAUGAAUUAAAAGGUCAUCCAAAUAUUAAAUAGAUUAAAAUAGAUUUGCUUAUAUGAAUUGAUUUUGGGGUGUGGAGGGAUAUGUUUUUGAAAAUGUUUGUUUUAAUGGUAGAUUUACGAUAUUUAAUAAUGUUUACAACUGAUCGAUACUUCUGAGUAAUUGAGUUAAAGAAAAAAUUUAUAUUACAUUACGUUUUAGUAAACAUGGGAAUGUUAUUUUACAGGUUACACUAAAAAUAUAAUUGGUAUCUUUUAUAUUUCAAUACAGACAUAUGGUGACUUAAUAAGAUUUAAAAGUACAAGUUUUGCUCAUGUUACAGUGAAACAAUUUAUCUUUUAUUUUCCAUUUGAUAUUUUGAUGGAUUUUUUCAUUUUACAUUUUGAUGAGUUUUAUUUUUUCAUGUUUUAUUUUGAUGGGGCUGUAUUUCAUUUGAUAUUAGUGCUCAAUAUUAAGAAUUUAUGAAGCAAUUCUGAGCUCUCUGUGAUUUCUUUUUAUGUUGUUUUUAUUCCCCCCACCAUGUUCUAUGACAGAUAUGUACAUCUAAAAGUAACAUCACAAAUGCUUAUUAAUAAAGCAUCCUGGUAUUUGUUAUAAUAAUAUCUCAUUAAAAUAAAUUUCAUCUCAAUGCAAGUUAAUUAUGGAUAUUAUUUUUUUUCUCAUUUAUGUAUUAUUUUAUACUUAAAUAUAGAUUUUUUGAGUGAAUAAAUAUUUUUUU